AUGCGGAAGCAGUUGAAAGGAGUCAGCUAUGCGACUGAAUGCCUCAAGGAGAUGACCCACUUCGAGCAGGAGUUCCAGGCGAUCUACGACCAGGUGGACAAGCUCAUCUCUGAGCUGGUCCACGAUGAUGGGGUCUAUCUUCCCAUUGCUACCAGAUAUCUCGAUAUCGCGAAGCGUUAUGAGAAGCCCAGCAAGGUAGCAAACAGCUUGAUCCGAGCUGCGAAGGCGACUCCGACGGAUCCAACCGCGCCCAAAGGAUCGGCUAAAGCCAAGUCCAAGAAGCGCAAAGCCGUGGAGGGAGCCUAG